AUGCUGCCGGACUGCUACGAGGUCUUCAACACGGAGCAUGCGUUGCUAGUUUGCGCACGGAGCCUGACGUUCGGCACCUUCUGUCUCGGAACGCUAGCCGCGACUGCCUACGCCUUCCAGCGAAUCUUACCUAUUUUCCUGAGCUCGCAAUGGUAUGUCACCAACCUCAGUAUGUUGGCACUGGCGGGGAUCCAGAUGGCGCUGCUGGUCUACGAGUGCUUCAUCACCAAUAGCCCCAAAAUCCUCGUGCUAGCCAAGUACUUUCGAUGUGUGCAAAUAGUCAUCUCCUGCGUGCUGUAUGGGAAAUCCGCCGGGGAACUUGUUAGCAGAACGAAACUGUUUUACAGCAUGCUGAUCCCGAUUGUAGGACUUGCCACGAUCGCCAUGACGGCGGAUGCUUUGCUUGUUGUCGGAGCCUACGACGAGAUCGAUUGUCACCAUGUUACGUGGAUGGCCAUGUCGGCAACAGCGGUCGUCCUCACGGCUGGCUUUGCUAUUCCAGGUCGAGUCGUUCUAGAGGAGAUCAACUCCACCGCACGAAAACAGCUCAAAAAGUUUCAGGAUUGCGCUGCGUUAACCGAGUUGGAGCAGUCGAAUCAUCAGCUGUGGAUUCUCCUGAUCUGUAACCUCGUGAGCACAAGCUUGCAGCUCGUAGUAGACGCGUAUCUUUCCUUUAGCGUUGGUGGCAAGCAAAGAGAGUGCGACAGCAUGUUCUUUGACGAAAACGGUGGGCUCUUUGAGCAGUCGACGCGCUUGACGAUCUCCAUUGGAUCGUACCUCGUACCGAACUGGGGCGUGCUCUAUGUGUUCUACGUGCUUCCGCGCUUCCAGUUUUCCACCGCUUUAGACGUGCCCGGACUUCUGUUUGACGACGAUGUCGAUGAAGCAGCGUACGAACUCCUACCCAUCGAUGAGCAUGGAGUAGUGCCUAGCUGCAGUAGCAGUAAUAAUAGAGGUAGACGAUUCUACUGA